AUGCGGUUUCACAGGUUGCUCACAGCCUGGGCUGUCGUUUCGACAACCUCAAACGGCUUUAUAGCCAAUGCAGCGCAACCUCGGGCACUGGUCUACCGUGGCCCUGCGGCAUGUAAGGGAUGCGCCGAAGCAGUAGCCCAGCUUCUCGAAAAUUCACCUCAGAAAUUCACAGUCACAUAUGUCGGCCCAAACGAGGAUACCAAUAUUAGCAGUGAUAGCUUAAAAGGUGUAGAUGUGUAUGCGCAGCCAGGGGGUCCAGACCUUAAUUCGGCUUGGGCAGAGUUACAGGAUCACCAAACGGAGCUUCGCGACUUCAUUACAAAGCAGGGAGGUCGCUACUUGGGAUUUUGCUUGGGAGCUUUUCUAGCUGGCAGUACGCCCGGGCUAGGGCUGCUCCCUGAAGGCGCCAAUGCCGUCUCGGAGAGAAAACAGGACAAUGCGCAGGUGACGAACACGAGAGACACCAUCAUCCAAAUAGACUGGACAUUUCGAUCCUCUAUCGGCAAUUACAGCAAAGGCGAAACAGCGGUAAAUCGAUGGGUAUACUUCCAGGAUGGUGCCGCUAUUACUGGCCUCUCCGGUGGUAAUAGCAGUGUGUUGGGCCGAUACUCGCAGAACGGAGACGUAGCAGCCUCCUUGACGCCGCUUGGUAAAGGGUGGGUUGCCCUGGUCGGGGCACACCCAGAGGCAACGAAAAGCUGGUAUCGAUCCUAUGAUCUAAGCAACCCUGACGGCUUGAAUUCGACCAUUGAUAUCGGUUAUGACUUUGUUACCGCAGCCAUGGGAAGGACGGGCACAAAUACCACGUCAAAUAAAACGUCAGAAGAGAGUGCGGCAAACCCAGGUGGACAACAACAAGGGAGGCUGGCCCUGCCAUGCCUACUUGGUUGGUUUGCUUUGGGAUUGGCCAUUUUUUGGAUUUAA